CGGCCGCAUGCGAUCAGCAGGACCGUCCGUCCGGCCGGCCGACUGGCCCCGCGGCGGGCGGCGACCGGCCGGCAGCGCGUUCGUUGCGCACUCGCCAGAGCCCCACCGGCUGCAGGCGCCGUCAGGUUCGGAGACGAUCCAGCGCACACUACAGAGCGUGUUCGCAGGUAAACAGAGGUUAUCAACUAUGGAGAGCAGCGGGUCCAAGAAGCGAGCUGGAGGAGCGUCCGAAGAGCAGGAUAUGCUCAUCAAGAAGACCAAGAUGACGGACAAGGAGCUGGACGAGAUGAAGCGUAGCCACCCGAAUCAGCCGAUUCUGAAGGAGGGUGGCAACUACAUCAUCGAGGGCCUCGACUCGGAUAAGCUCGUCACCAUCACGUUCUCGAUGAGCCACGAGAGCGGCUCGCUGGCCGAGGCGCUCGACAUCUUCAAGAGACACAAGGUGAACCUUGAGCACAUCGAAUCACGGUCGUCACAUCGGAGUGACGAGUACGAGUUUAUCAUAGAAAUCAACACCGAGGCACCCACCGUCGGCAAGGCGCUGGAGGAGCUCAAAGACAAGUCGUCCUACUUCCAGAUCAUCUCGAGAAACUACAAAAACAACGCAGCGGCUGGCGUGGUGCCGUGGUACCCACAGAAGAUCGCCGACCUGGACAAGUUUGCCGACCAGAUAUUGUCGUACGGCUCUGAGCUGGAUGCCGAUCACCCGGGCUUCACAGACGCCGAGUACAGGAGGCGCAGGAAGGAGUUCGCAGACAUCGCCUACAACUACAAACACGGCACGCCGAUCCCGCGGGUCGAGUACAGCAAGGAGGACGUGGAGACCUGGGGCAAGGUGUACCGCCGGCUGACGGAGCUGUACCCCACGCACGCCUGCAAGGAGCACAACCGCGCCUUCCCGCUGCUGAUCGAGCACUGCGGCUACCGGGAGGACAACGUGCCCCAGCUGCAGGAUAUCUCAGACUUCCUCAAAUCGUGCACCGGCUUCACUCUGCGCCCGGUCGCCGGUCUGCUCUCGUCUCGCGACUUCCUGGCCGGCCUGGCGUUCCGUGUGUUUCACUCCACUCAGUACAUUCGCCACCCGAGCCGGCCGUUCUACACACCCGAGCCGGACGUGUGCCACGAGGUGCUGGGACACGUGCCGCUGCUGGCCGACCCCAGCUUCGCCCGGUUCAGCCAGGAGAUUGGACUGGCUUCGCUCGGCGCGCCCGACGAGUAUGUCGAGAAGUUGGCCACGUGCUACUGGUUCACGGUCGAGUUCGGCCUGUGCCGCCAAGAGGGCGAGCUGAAGGCAUACGGCGCCGGCCUGCUCUCUUCGUUCGGCGAGCUCGAGUACUGCCUCUCGGACAAGCCCGAGGUGCGCGAGUUCAUGCCGGAGAAGACUGGCGUCCAGAAGUACCCCAUCACCGAGUACCAGCCUGUCUACUACGUGGCCGACAGCUUCGACGAUGCCAAGGACAAGAUGAUCAACUUCGCGGCGACGAUUCCGCGUCCGUUCUCGGUCCGUUACGACCCAUACACCCAGCAGGUGAUCACCCUGGACACACGGCCCCAGGUGGAGGAGCUCAUCCGCGACAUCAACUCCGAGAUGAAGGUGCUCCUCGACGCCAUCAACAAAUUCCGCUAGCCGCGCCACGCGCAGCGGUCAAAUCCACAAACUCUGGUGUGUGUAAUACUCGGUAGAUGGCGCGCAGGUGCGAGGCGAAGUUCCGGCGCGGCGGUGCGCGCGUCGGCAUCUUGUGGAGUGUCAGCGUUGUAAUGUUUUAGUGUAGACUGAGGUGUCUGUCGUCUGUGAGAUCUGAGAUAUGGUCAAGAUAGUGUCGGUAGUGCGGUAGUGCGGCCGAUUUUUUUUUAUGUGGUAUGAGGCGAUUUGCGCUGGGCGCCGCCGAAAGAGUUGCCGUUCACACGAAAGGCAGGGCUGGGGCCGCAUGCAAUGUGUACAUACAUAUACAUUAUGCAACAUCGGAUACUCUUUGGGAACAAAGCAUAUAUAUUAUGUUUGGGACGUGGACUCGCAUAGACAUUAGUGCAGCGCACAGGUGAAACAGUACAAGGACUGCGGUGUAUGAUUUGGUUGGAGUAAACCAAGAAUACAAAGCUACGAGAGAUCGCA